AUUUUCAGAAUACAGUCAACCCCAGUUCGAGAGGCGAUUAUCAUCUUUUUUUAUUCUAUUGGGUUGAUUCAAACCUGAGUUCUUAGUUUGAGCUGAGAAUGUCGGAGUAUACAGUGAAAGUUGAAGAAGCGAGACCGGCGACCGGAGAAAAGCCGUCGGCUGGACCAGUGUAUAGGUGCAUAUACGCCAAAGAUGGUCUCAUGGAGUUGCCUGCCGGAAUGGAGUCUCCCUGGGAUUUCUUCAGCGAGUCCGUGAAAAGGAACCCUAAAAACCAAAUGCUGGGUCGUCGUGAAACCAUUGAUGGAAAGGUGGGUCCUUAUACAUGGCUCACAUAUGAAGAGGCUUAUGAUGCCACCCUUCGAAUUGGAUCUGCCAUCAGAGGUCGCGGUGUCAAUCCUGGAGACCGGUGCGGCAUCUAUGGAUCUAACAGCCCAGAAUGGAUAAUGGCCAUGGAGGCUUGUAACAGCCACUCCAUAACAUAUGUACCACUAUAUGAUACACUUGGUGCUAAUGCAGUGGAGUUCAUCAUCAACCAUGCUGAAGUUUCAAUAGCUUUUGUUCAAGGAAGCAAGCUACCAGCUAUCCUAACAUGUCUCCCAAGGUGUAUUUCCUUCCUGAAAACCAUUGUCAGUUUUGAUAAGAUUUCUAGCAUGCAAAAGAAAGAAGCUGAGGAACUUGGUGUGGCUUGCUUCUCUUGGGAAGAGUUCAUUCAAUUGGGAAGUUCGGAUGAUGAACUUCCUCCAAAACAGAAGGCUCAGAUAUGCACAAUCAUGUAUACUAGCGGAACAACAGGAGAACCAAAGGGUGUCACAAUAACUAGUGGAGCAUUCAUGGCUGAGGUCUUGUCUAUGGAUCAACUACUCUUUGAAACAGACAAAGUGGGUUCAGAAGAAGAUAUUUACUUCUCAUUCCUUCCUUUAGCUCAUAUAUUUGAUCAGAUAAUUGAGACCUAUUGCAUCUACAGGGGUUCAUCCAUAGGAUUUUGGCGAGGCGAUGUCAGAUAUUUGAUUGAGGACCUUAUAGAAUUGAAGCCAACUAUAUUUUGUGGGGUUCCUAGAGUUUUUGAUCGUAUAUACACAGGUAUAAUGGAUAAAAUUUCAGCUGGAGGUGCCCUAAAGAAGACACUUUUUCAGUUUGCGUACAACUACAAAUUGAGUAAUCUCGAAAAGGGACUGCAACAAGACAAAGCGGCUCCUCUUUUUGAUAGGCUAGUCUUUGAUAAGAUCAAGCAAGGAUUUGGGGGACGUGUGCGUCUAAUCUUAUCUGGAGCUGCACCUUUGCCAAGGCAUGUGGAGGAGUUUCUGAGGGUGACGUGCGGUGGUGUCUUAUCACAAGGAUAUGGUCUUACAGAAAGUUGUGGUGGAUGUUUCACAUCCAUAGCCAAUGUGUUCUCUAUGACUGGAACAGUUGGUGUCCCCAUGACAACUAUUGAGGCAAGGCUGGAGUCAGUGCCAGAGAUGGAAUAUGAUGCACUUGCCACUAUUCCGCGUGGUGAAAUUUGUCUGAGGGGAAAGACCUUGUUUUCUAGUUACCACAAGCGACAAGAUCUAACAGAAGACGUCCUAGUGGAUGGAUGGUUCCAUACAGGUGACAUUGGGGAAUGGCAACCUUGUGGAGCAAUGAAAAUCAUCGACAGGAAAAAAAAUAUAUUCAAGUUGUCUCAAGGAGAAUAUGUUUCUGUGGAAAACAUUGAAAACACAUAUUCAAGAUGCCCUUUAGUGACAUCAGUAGUCAAACCUCUUUCGAUGUUUUUUGACUCAAUUUUCUUACCAGAUUUGGGUGUAUGGGAACAGUUUUGAGUCCUUUCUGGUGGCUGUGGUAGUUCCUGAAAGAAACACACUUGAAGAGUGGGCUGGAAAUCAUUCUCAAAGUGGAGAUUUCAACUCCCUGUGCGAAAACCUGAAAGCAAGGAAAUACAUUUUAGAUGAACUCAAUUGCACUGGCCAGAAACACAAACUUCGAGGUUUUGAAAUGUUAAAAGCAAUUCAUUUGGAGCCAAUUCCUUUUGACAUUGAGAGGGACUUGAUAACUCCAACAUUUAAACUCAGAAGGCCGCAGUUGCUUAAGUACUACAAGGACAUCAUUGAUCAGCUGUACAAUGAAGCAAAGGCCUCGAAGGUGUGAAAGCAGUGCUUGAUCUUAAUAUGAAGAACGGUGGCAUGCUACCGAAUAUUUCAUCAUUCAUACUUUUGGUGAACUUGUUAAGCAAUAUUGUCAAUGAUAACUUGAAGGCAUAGACAAGAUGAAACAUGAUUCUGAGCACAUUACAAUGCUUGGAUUUGUUAAUGAUUUCAUAUAGUUAAAAUUAAGGGGUACUUGUAAAUUGCACCUCGAAAGAUCUCUUGAAUCUUAAUUUGCACCCUUAACGAUUAAAAAUCUCAAUUUACACCCUCAAAGAUAUAAAUAUGUAUCAGUAUACAACUGAAUCUAACAGCUGUCAGUUGUCGUCUAAAAAUAAUAGGUAAAUUACACUUACACUCUCUCAGUUAAUCAUUGGAUCCCUCAUAUUUAAAAUAUUACACUUACACCCUCUGAUGUUUGUGUGUGUGUAACGCAUAAUCCCAUGUCAUUAAUAUAACCGUUAAAAAAUAUGAUGUUGUCUUAAUAAACAACUACUCCCUCCAUUCUUAAAUAUCUAUUGUUUUAAAUAAUUAUUUUUGUUCCAUAAUAUCUGUCGUUUUAUAAAACUAAAGCAUAAUUAAUAUUUUUUUUUUCAAAUUUAGCCUUAACUUUUCAUGCAUUAGAUUAGAUAGAGGUUAAAUGUCUUUCAUAUUUUUUUCUUUCCCAAUACAUAUUGAAUAUGGGUAUUUUAGUCUUGUGUAAUUAUUUUUUACUCAUAUUAAAGCUAUUUAAUAGUUUCCUUAAUCCCUGUCAAAAACCUUUAACGACAGAUAUUUAGGAACGGAAGGAGUAUAAUUUUCAUACUACCCUUUAUUUUGUGGACCCGUUGUGCUCUAAAGUUCAAAAUCAAGUUUAUCCUUUGAAUGCCCAAUACAAUGUAAGUAUUAUAUAAUAUUCAAGAUUACUAGUAUUAUAUAAUAUUUUUUAUAUCCAAUGCAAUACAUUACUUGAACAGAAUUAUUUGGAAGCCCAAAUAGGGGAACACUUAUAGUCAUAUUUGGAAUCUCAGGGGGUGUAGGUGUAAUAUUUCAAACGUGAGGGGUCUACAUGAUUAAGUGACAAACAUGAGAGGUCUAUGUAUAAUUUAUUCAUUUAGUUUUAAACCGCAAACUGAACGACUAUUAGCUUCAGGUGCACAUUGAUACAGAGUUAUAUCUUUGAGAAUGCAAAUUAAGAUUUUUAAUUUUUUAGGGUGCAAAUUGAGAUUCAAAAAUUUUUUUGGCGUGCAAUUUGUGAUUAACUCUAAAUUUAAUGAAGUUCUGCCAUUAAAUCU